GAGAAGGAGGAGGAUGGGCAGAGCCCGGCCGCAGCGGCAGCAUCCGAGUGAGGCGGCGGCCGGAGCAGGUGCCUGGGCGGCGGCGGUACUGGCCCUCGGCCUCGGCCUCGCAGCGCGGCAGGAUGCUGGAGAUCCAGCUGGACGAUGGCGGCGUGGGCGGGUACCCGGGGGACGACUACUGCUCGGGCUCCGUGAUGUCGGAGCGGGUGUCGGGCCUGGCCAACAGCAUCUACCGCGAGUUCGAGCGGCUCAUCCGCUGCUACGACGAGGAGGUGGUGAAGGAGCUGAUGCCGCUCGUGGUGACGGUGCUGGAGAACCUGGACUCGGUGCUCACCGACAACCAGGAGCACGAGGUGGAGCUGGAGCUGCUGCGGGAGGACAACGAGCAGCUGCUCACGCAGUACGAGCGCGAGAAGGCGCUGCGCAAGCAGGCCGAGGAGAAAUUUAUAGAAUUUGAAGAUGCCCUGGAGCAGGAGAAGAAGGAGCUGCAGAUCCAAGUUGAACACCUUGAGUUUCAGACCCGACAGUUGGAGCUGAAGACCAAAAACUAUGCAGACCAGAUUUCACGGCUGGAGGAACGUGAAUCAGAAAUGAAGAAAGAGUACAAUGCCCUCCAUCAGCGCCACACAGAGAUGAUCCAGACCUAUGUGGAACACAUUGAACGGUCCAAGAUGCAGCAGGUUGGGGGAAAUAAUCAAACUGAGGGUGGUCUACCUGGGAGGAGCAGGAAGGAGCGUCCUAAUUCUCUGAACGUCUUCCCCCUUGCAGAUGGAAUGGUACGUGGGCAGAUAGGGGCCAAGAUCAUCCCCACAGUGGACCACUGGCACCUGAGUGACCUCGGCCAGCUGCAGUCCAACUCCAGCUACAAGUGCCCACAAGAUGAAAUGUCUGAAUCUGGGCAGUCUUCUGCAGCAGCCACACCAAGCACCACUGGAACAAAGUCCAACACGCCAACUUCAUCUGUGCCCUCUGCUGCUGUCACACCCCUGAAUGAGAGCAUCCAGCCCAUCAGUGACUACAAUGGCACGGGCAAGAACAGUAAGAGAGCGCGGGAGAAACGGAAUAGCCGGAACAUGGAAGUCCAGGUCACCCAGGAGAUGAGAAAUGUCAGCAUAGGAAUGGGCAGCAGUGAUGAGUGGUCUGAUGUUCAGGACAUCAUAGACUCUACUCCAGAGCUGGAUAUGUGUCAGGAUCCCAGACUGGAGCGCACUGGAAACAGCCCAACACAGGGGAUUGUAAACAAAGCUUUUGGCAUCAACACAGACUCUCUGUAUCAUGAGCUUUCCACAGCAGGAUCUGAGGUCAUUGGGGAUGUGGAUGAAGGAGCAGACUUGCUAGGGGAGUUCUCAGGAAUGGGCAAAGAAGUGGGGAAUCUGCUGUUGGAAAACUCUCAGCUUCUGGAGACCAAAAAUGCUUUGAAUGUUGUGAAGAAUGAUUUGAUCGCCAAGGUGGACCAGCUGUCUGGAGAGCAGGAAGUGCUGAAGGGGGAGCUUGAAGCAACAAAGCAAGCCAAAGCAAAGAUGGAGAACAGAGUCAAGGAACUAGAAGAGGAACUUAAGAGGGUGAAAUCUGAAGUUAUCGUUGCCCGACGAGAACCCAAAGAAGAGGUGGAGGAUGUAAGCAGCUAUCUCUGUACAGAAUUGCAGUGCUCCUCCCCCCUGCAGGACAACAUUCCUAUAGCCCAACGUCGCCGCUUCACCCGUGUGGAGAUGGCCCGUGUCCUGAUGGAACGCAACCAAUACAAAGAGAGGCUGAUGGAGUUACAGGAGGCUGUCAGGUGGACAGAAAUGAUCAGAGCUUCCCGGGAGCAUCCGUCUGUCCAGGAGAAGAAGAAAUCUACCAUUUGGCAAUUCUUCAGCCGCCUGUUCAGCUCUUCAUCCAGUCCCCCACCUGCGAAGAGGACUUACCCAUCAGUGAACAUCCAUUAUAAGUCUCCAACAGCAGCUGGGUUUAGUCAGCGUCGCAGCCACACCAUGUGCCAGAUUUCCUCUGGGAGCCGUACCCUUGAGUUCUUCCCUGAAGAAUUGAGAAGUAACACUGUUGCUUCUCUCCUCAGUGACUGUACAUCAUCCGCACGUCGCGAACAGAAACGCGAGCAGUACCGCCAGGUCCGGGAACAUGUGCGGAAUGAUGAUGGUCGCUUACAGGCAUGUGGGUGGAGCCUUCCUGCCAAGUACAAGCAGUUGAGUCCCAAUGGUGGCCAGGAAGACACCCGAAUGAAAAAUGUCCCAGUUCCUGUGUACUGUCGCCCACUGGUAGAAAAGGACCCCACCAUGAAGUUGUGGUGUGCAGCAGGAGUCAAUCUGACAGGGUGGAAGCCUUUUGAACAGGAGUCUGGGAAUGGACAGAAGCUGGAACCUGGACGUGAUCCCCUCACCUGUGAUCGGGAAGUGGAAGGAGAAAACAAGAGUAACCACACAUCUCCAGAAAAGAAAAAGGCUAAGGAGUUGCAUGAGAUGGAUGCCACAUCCAGCCGAGUAUGGAUUCUCACGAGUACCCUGUCUACAAGUAAAGUAGUGAUCAUUGAUGCCAAUCAGCCAGGCACAGUGGUGGACCAGUUUACUGUUUGCAAUGCCCAUGUACUCUGCAUUUCUAGCAUCCCUGCGGCCAGUGACAGUGACUACCCCCCAGGCGAGAUCUUUCUGGAGGGUGAUGUGAAUCCAGAAGAGUCAUCUGGAACUGAUGGCGUCCUUGCGGGAAUCACUCUGGUGGGUUGUGCAACCCGGUGCAACGUGCCACGCAGCAACUGUUCUUCCCGGGGUGACACACCUGUGCUGGAUAAGGGACAAAGUGAGGUGGCUGCAGUCAGCAAUGGGAAAAUCAAUCAGUCCCAGUCCACAGAAGAGGCAACAGAAGCUACAGAAGUACCAGAGAAUGGUGCAAGUGAAACAGAAUCAGCCCAAGUCCGGCCUGGUCCACUUACAGAACAUGUUUUUACAGAUCCAGCUCCAACUCAGGCACCUGGGAGGCAGAACAGUGAGAACGGGCACCAGAAGUCAGAGUCCAGCACAACGCUGCCAGAGCAGGAAGCAACCGGUGAUGCUUCUGGAACUUGUACCAGUGCUGCACCCACCAUGUGGCUUGGAGCACAGAAUGGCUGGCUAUAUGUGCACUCAGCAGUCUCCAACUGGAAGAAGUGCCUGCACUCAAUAAAGCUGAAGGAUUCUGUGCUGAGCCUGGUGCAUGUGAAAGGACGGGUUCUCGUUGCUCUGGCUGAUGGAACACUAGCCAUAUUCCACCGAGGAGAAGAUGGUCAAUGGGAUCUCAGCAACUAUCACCUGAUGGACCUGGGUCAUACGCACCAUUCUAUCCGCUGUAUGGCUGUUGUGUACGAUAGAGUCUGGUGCGGCUAUAAGAACAAAGUCCAUGUCAUCCAGCCCAAGACGAUGCAGAUUGAGAAGUCCUUUGAUGCCCACCCACGCCGGGAGAGCCAAGUCCGGCAACUGGCAUGGAUUGGAGAUGGGGUGUGGGUUUCCAUCCGCCUAGACUCCACACUGAGACUGUACCAUGCCCAUACCCAUCAACACCUUCAGGAUGUGGACAUUGAACCUUACGUCAGCAAGAUGUUAGGCACUGGAAAGCUGGGCUUCUCGUUUGUGCGGAUCACAGCCCUGCUCAUUGCUGGCAACCGCCUCUGGGUAGGGACAGGGAACGGUGUCGUCAUUUCUAUCCCCUUGACUGAGACUGUAGUCCUCCACCGAGGCCAACUCCUUGGGCUCCGGGCCAAUAAGACGUCCCCAACAUCAGGAGAGGGGAAUCGCUCUGGUGGAGUCAUUCAUGUGUAUGGGGAUGACAGCAGCGACAAAUCUGCCAGCAGCUUCAUCCCCUACUGUUCCAUGGCUCAGGCGCAGCUCUGCUUCCACGGCCACCGGGAUGCUGUCAAGUUCUUUGUCUCUGUGCCUGGCAAUGUUCUUGCAACCCUGAAUGGAAGUGUGUUGGACAGCCCCUCUGAGAACCCCAGCACAACAGCCACCGAGACUGAGGGGCAGAAGCUGAAGAAUGUCUUGGUGCUGAGUGGAGGAGAAGGGUACAUUGAUUUCCGGAUUGGGGAUGGAGAAGAUGAUGAAACAGAGGACAACACUGGAGAUGCCACCCAAGUGAAGCCAAUUCUUUCCAAGGCUGAGAGGAGCCACAUUAUCGUGUGGCAAGUCUCCUACAUCCCUGAGUGAGAGUCUCUCCCUUCCUGCCAAUGUAACUCUCCCUCCUCCCGCUGAAUGCCAAGAUGUACAUACAGAACUCCUGCAUUAUAUCUACUGCUGGAAUCGGAACCCCAGACACCUGCAGCAGCUCCUGCAUCAGACUGCAACCCAUUCUAACCUCUGAACGUGCAGCUUUCAUCUUGGGCCCAUAAGCUCUUUGAGUGCUCAGGUAGUUGUUCUCCUUCCAAUGCUGGUGUCUCCAAGGGAAAAAAUGGAAGAAAAUCUUCAGAGUGAAGCUGGCAGUCAAAACCUGUGCAAGCACCUCUGAUUUGGAAGGGCUGGCCCAUGUUACCAGGAAGGCUGCUUCACUCUCACCUGCAUGAGAAGCAGUGCAUCUCUCCAAUGUGCCCCACUGAAGUGAAGCUGAUGAAUUGCCGCUUGCCAACAGCUCCAAAGAAAUCUUUUCCUGUUCACCACAUAGAAUUCCUAUCCCCUCCCCUGUGUGUAGAUUGUACCCAGGCACAGAAUAUUACCCCAGAUCUAAGGGUAGCCCACGUGCAGAGAUGGGACCACAAAAAGUUUCUAUUGUUUGGUGGUAGAGCAACAGUCCUAUGAAGAAGGGGUAGAGUGAAGAAUACUUUCUGCACAUGGAAAGAUGGAGUCUCCCUCCUUCCUCUACGGCUAUUGUUUGGUCACUAGGUAACAUGGAGUCUGUGCUGGGCAAUGUGAGACUAGGAAGGACUGUUUGCUUGGUAGGGAGAUAGAAAGAAGGUGUCUGAUAUCAAAGGCCUCUAGCAUUCUGGAAUGCUGUAGCAGUGACUACGUGCUGAAAUCUCAUUGGUUAGCUGAAGGAAAAGCCUGAAAUACUUUUUCCAUAUAUAAGUUUUGGAAGGGAAAGUUUAAAGACAUUUAGGUUUCCUUAUUUUUACAAGCCCCAAACAUGCAGAGAGACAAGCUGAUGUUGUUCAAUGGGUGUUAAUUUGUAAAGUGUAGGUGAAGGCAAGUUAAGCAGUCCUCUGUGUUGCUGUGCUAUGAUGUGUGUUAACACAGUGAGGUUUUAUUCAAUGACUUGUGAAGACAACAUCCCAUUUUGGGCAUUGCUGACUUUCUGCAGGGAGAAAUAAGUGUAUCCCUCACCGUGACUGGGAGGAAAGGAUGUUACAGAUGGGGAACCAUGUUUUACCCAAAGUCACUCAGGCAGCCUAUGACAGGGAACGAAUGCAGCUGUUCUGACUCCCCUUGCUGGUGCCCCAAGCAAUGGACUGUUUGCAGUUCUGGGUGUGCAGAAAAGAUCAAAUUGUUUCACUACUGGAAUGCAUGAUGGUCCCCAGGAGAGGCUUUCACUGUCCUUCCAUGGAACUGCAAACACUGGUUUGUCCUGCAUAUAGGAGGAGGAUGCAGCGUUCACUCCAGAAUGCAGAGGUGGGGAGUGACUUCCUUGUGCUUUGUCCAUCAUGUACCUAACUUCCUGCCUAAGAAGAAGCAAGAAAUAACCUGUCCAGGCAGGCUGUUUGAAACUUGCCAUGCAGGAGCACAGCAUUUGCGCUUGGAAGGUGUUGGUGUCCCUUUCUAACAUGCCCCAUUGCUUCUUUGUUUGCCUGCUAGGUGAGGCUAAAUUGAGGCUUUCAGGGAUGUUUCCCUCAUUUCCUACAACAUGGCCCAUAUUGUAUAGAUACAUCCUAGGGAAAUUUUUGCCUUUCUCUGAUGCAUCUAGCUGCAUGCCCAGUUGGAGAGAAGAUACUGGAGUGGACGGACCAAUUGUCUUGUAUGCUAUAGUAACUUCUGUGUUGCUGGAACAUGGUACACAUGGAGCUGUAGCUGGAUGCAUCCUUUGUUUAGCAGCAAUACCUUAGCCCAGAGCUUUGCAAACAAGGAUAGUACAGAGAAGGCUGGGAGAGAGAGUGCACAUCAGACCAUUUGAAGCAGCAGUGACAUACCAGAGAACAGGGGCUUCAGCAUCCUGCUUAGCAGUGAGAGAAAUUUGGUGGUGCCACAAAUUGCCUGUGAGCAGUGUUGGAUUACUGAGGGAGCAUACUAUGCUGCAGAUUGAGGUAGGGAUGAGUUCUGAAUCAUGUCCUGCAGUCGUGUACCAGCUUUGCUGUUUGUGUCUACAGCAUCCUUUCAGUAGCUGUGUGGGCAGCAGAACACCUCCAUGGGAAGGGGUCCCCAGUGCGACACAUGUGACAGAAGCUUUUCUGAAUGAGCCAGGCUUCUGUUAUGCCGUGGCCGUGUUCCAGAAAUGCUGUCUGACAGGAGAAGUCACUGUGAGUAGCAACAGAGUAUGAGGGAGGGAGGAAGGAAAAAAAAUAGCAAGUUCCAUACAACAUGUACUACCACCAGUUAAUUUCGGCUGACAGCAUAAAAUGGAAUUGACAUCAGUUGCUUAUUUAAAUUGAAUGCUCCAUAUGAAAACUAUGAAACAUUCUGUAUCUGUUUUUAUCAGUGACAGUACUUGCUCCUCUAUCUCCUACUGAUUGCUCCAAGGCAAAUGGAGAGAAGAGGUCUUAAAUCAUCUCAGCAGGUUCAGUUCCUUUGCAGCUUGAAGCAUGUUUUCCUUGAAGAGAAGCACACAUUUAAAAGCGGGGGCAGCUAUGGCCACUGCUGCUGUGUUCCUGUCAUCCUUCGGUGGCUACUGGGCAGCAAGGUGAGAGCUGAUUGGCUUACACUUCCCCAUCAUAACUCCACUGUGAUGUAUGUAAAGUACCUUGUAUGUUAUAAAAGGAUUUAAAAAAAAAAGUGUCUUAAGGCCUGUAAACUCCGCUGUUCGGUCUGAAGAUGGCAUUCUGUAAAGAGACUGCUGUAUGAAUACUUUCCCAUGCUUUGUCCCCUAUGCUAUCAAACAAAUGAACCAUAUCUGUUCUGUAUGUAAUAAAUGUGUUAACAUCA